AUGCAACCAGGCGGUCAGAGUAUUGUCGAUCGUAUUUUAGCUGCGAAAAAUACAAUUGCUGGUCAACCAGUGGCUAAAGUUGUAUGUAAGGCAACUACAGAGGAACUCAUGGGACCCAAGCGAAAACAUCUGGAUUGUCUUUUACAAGCAACGCACGAAAUGAAUGUAUCUAUUCCGGAUAUUGCUGACCUUUUGAUUGAACGCUCUCAGAAUUCAUCUUGGAUCGUGUCAUUUAAAUCUUUGAUAACCAUUCAUCAUUUGAUGGCUUAUGGAAACGAGCGUUUUGAAGCUUAUAUGGCUUCGCACAACCAUCAUCUUCAAACUAGUAUCUAUACAGAUCGUCUGGGUAUGGGUGGAAGUGAUAUGACAACGCAUCUUCGUCGAUAUGCAGCUUAUUUACAUGAAAAACGCGAUGCUUACAAGUUGAUGGGUUAUGAUUUUUGUAAAAUAAAACGAGGAAAAGAUGAUGCCGUGCUUCGAACAUUACCAACAGAUAAAUUAUUGAAAACGGUGCCCAUUGUUCAAAAACAGCUCGAUGCUCUACUGGAAUUUCAAAUUGCAUCCCAUGAGUUGAUCAAUGGUGUGAUUAAUAGCUGUUUUUUCCUACUAAUCAAAGAUCUUGUUCAACUCUAUGCGGCUUAUAAUGACUUAAUGAUUAAUUUGCUUGAAAAAUAUUUCACUAUGAACAAGAAACAAUGUCGUGAAGCACUCGAUAUGUACAAAAAAUUUAUCGAUCGAACGGAUAAAGUUUCACAAUACUUUAAAGUGGCCGAAUCAACAGGCAUGGAACACAACGAAAUUCCAGAUUUAGCUCAAUUAAUCGAAAAGAAUACAGCACCUAACAGUUUAUUAGAAGCAUUAGAGAACCACCUGGCACAUAUCGAAGGCAAAAAAUUGUCAUCCCAACCAUCGAUGACAUCUGUUAAUUUAAAUUUAAAUCCACAGAAAGCGAUUGAAGAGGAAGCGAACGCCUUAUCACAAUUUAAUAAAAAAAAGGAACUGUCUAUAUCGCCACCUCCUCUUUCGCCACAAUCAUCAAGAGCGGUAAAUGGAAGUAAUGGUUUUGAUGAUGCCAAUCUAUUUGCUCAACGUGCCACAACAACAACAACCAACGGUCAUCAUCAACAACAGCAGCAGCAGCAGCAACAACUAUUCUCUAAUGAUAUAUUUUCACUCGCACCAACUACAUCGUCAUCAACAGUAACGAAUACGUUCAAUCCAUUUGAUAAUACAUUCAGUGCGCCAGCACCGAGCCAAAAUAUGUUCGAUGAUCUUCUUCAACCAGUACCAACACCAACACCAACAACGAAACCUAUGAUGACAAUGCCAUUAUUUCCUACUAAUCAAAAUAUUCCACCUGUAGUUAAGCCACUCCAAUCAGGUGAUCUGAAUUCAUCACUUAAUCAGUUGAUUGAUAAUCUUGAUAUCAAAGAUCAUUCAAAAAUUGGAAAGGAUCACCAAUGGACACCUAAUGACGGCAAAGGUCAGCAGAUACUCAACACAAUCCAUGGUACUACAACUACUUCCGGUCCAACAUGGGCCAAUUCCACUGGAUUCAACGCACCAUUUGGUAAUUUUGCCAAUAACGUUCAAUCACAUCCGGUAUGGCCACAAGCCCAACCACCAAUGAUGCCAGCCACUUCAACUAAUCCGUUCACUGCGUCAAACGGUUCAUCCCAAAACAACUUUGCUCAUAUGACUCAACAAGCCUCAAGUUUUUCAACGAAUCCAUUUGCUGCUCAGCCAUCCUAUGGUACAUCUUUUUUCAACCAACCUCAACUGAAUGAUCCAUUCAGCAGUCUCUAA